GCCCUCGAUUGAGUGUGAUGGCGUUGGAGUACAGCGUGUCUAGUUAAUGGAAGCGUGGCGUUAUACGGCGUUAAACGCGCACUUUUCCAACCUUCAACAGAAACUAUUGUCGACAAUGCAAACUGCCAAGGAAAAAAACUCAAGUACUAUAGAGCCAAUGGAGGCUGACCUUUAUAACAACAACAUAACCAAUUCAAAUUCUGUUCGUAAAAGAAGAGCAACUGAAGAACAACAAAGUGAUGUGUCAGUGGAGAAAAGUGCAAAAUUUGACAGGCCACAUGUAUGGGCAAGUGGCUCUUGUCUGAAAUUAGAUGUGUAUACCCAGACAGAUUCUUCAUUUGUGUCAGACAACUACACAAAAUCCCUGUGUUUUGUAAGUGAAAUGGUCCAAGCCAACAGUAAAAAGCUAGAAAAUAUUGAAAAGUUCCUGGAGACCUUAGACUGUAAGAUUGAAAGUGUUCUGUGUGGUGAAUCAACCAGCAAAACACCAACAAAGAAGGGUCAUGUUCAAGACUUGUUAAGAAGGAUGGAGAUGAAAUUACGAGAGCCACAAACAAUAACUGAGGGAGACAGUGGGAUGUCUGUGCUCACAGACAAUAGUAGCUCACUUACUACUGCAGUAGGCAACCCCAGGGACACCAGCAUGUCAAGUCCUGCAGACAGCACCAAGUCCCCCAGCAUGUGCUUUUCCCCUGGUGUGAGCUCCUAUCACGCAAGCAGCCCGGUCACUGCUCACUCAUUUGUUGCAUGGAAUCAAGGUUUCCAUCAAGGCUUUGAUACCAUGGCAAGACCAGUCUCACAGGAAGGGCGGACAUCAACCCUAAGGCAAGGGGCUGAAUUAGCAGCAAGGCCUGUCGUCAUGGAGACCCAACCUGGACCAGUCUCUGGGGGAACAGAAGGAGACCAUCCAUUAGGUGAUGAGGAAGGGCUGGUGCCAGUUAUAUUGUCACUUGGAGAUAAUCCACCUUCUCAUAGAGACAAAAAAUGUGUCACAACAGAAGUGCCUCUAAAAGAUAUCAUCAAUGGUUCUCCUUGUGCUAUGGAAGGUCUGGAAAACAUAUCGUAUUCUCGCGGCUGUUGGCUUGGAGACAAGAGCAACCCACAGUCUCGUGUGUGGUACUGUGGCAAUCCCAAGAUUCUCGGGCGCGCCGAGGCUUCCGGAUCAAAUCCCGCCAAACUGUCUCUCAAUUUGCUGGAGGCGUUUUUUGUUCGGGACGAGAUGGCUGCGUCAAAUAUCAACGGAGCACGUGGCAGAGAACUGUUAGAUCCAAUCAAAAUAAAGGGCAUUCAAGCCCACGUAAAUUACAAGUUUCCCAUUAGCGCCGAGAAAGAAGAGCUGCGAUGGCAGUUUCUGAAACCAAGGAUUGACAGCAAAUGCCGUGCCCAGCGCCGGUUACAACGAGAAGAACAAUUGAAGCGAUUGAAUCUUCCCCAGGUUGUUACCACCGAGCGGACUCCCCGUUCCCGUGUCCCUCGUCUUGAUCCUAAGGAAAAAGACCAGUUGCUGUACGGCUGCAACAGAAACACACCGAACUUCGGGCUUAGUACACCUUGGACGCAAGUUGCCGCUUUGGAUGAUCAAGGGACUGGGGCGGAUGCUGGUGAGAAUGGUUUCAGCCAGUUACAAGCCAAUGAAGCAAUCGUGGAAAUCGCUGGAAUCCCUGUGACAGUUAAUGAAUUGAACGGAUAAAUGAAGAACAGCCACAGUAGAGAUUUCUGGGUUUCUCACAUCUGUAGUGAAGCAAACGGACAUAACGGGCGUUGUUUUAGAAGAGCCCGCGUAAUUUACGUAUGAAGGAACCGGUCGGAACUCAGACCUUCCAUGGCCAAGCGGUUGUAAGUUACAGUUACACGGAAGGGUCUGGGAACGAGAUUAGGAACCGGUUACUCAGCCCAUAGCUGUAAAAUUUGGUCAAGUCGGUACAAAUCUCUCUCGUUUUGAAAAGAAAAUGGAGUCUGCAGCAAGAAAGGGAAUAUUUCAAUCAGAGACAGUGAAUGAUUUACCACGCUAAGGGAUUGAUAAGUAUCAGAAGAGAAUUGGGAAAACUCAACCACACGAUUUUUAUUCGCAUUCGUUUAUUUUUUUUUUUAGGAGAUCACUACAUGUAUAUUUGCAAUUUAAAUUCACAGAGAUAUGUGUAACACCAUUUUUUUACAUUUUCCCAACGAUCAAAGUAGCCUGCAGAACAGGCGUAAUUUUUUUUUUUUUUUUUUUUUUAAUGUUUUAGAGGCGGAGGAGGCAAGUGCGAGUCACGUGCGAGGUGAGAAGAGAUAAUGUAAUCGUUGUACCCAGACCCUUCUCUUUCAUGUUAUUGCGAGAGCAACAAAAUGGCGGAAGUAGUUGUCUGACGUCACCGUGAGGGAUUCUUUAUACGCGAUUAGAAUAUUAAUAAACCUAACAAACUCCUCACUUACGACUCCCGUUAUCAAAGUUUGCAAACAAUCAGAGCCAUUAGAUCUAGGAGGUGGGCAUUCAGUUCUAUAACACAAUAAAAUGAAAGCUGGUUUU